ACCACACGUGUAGUGAUCACCAGAGAGAUCGCAUUGUGAUCGUACUCAACCCUGCACAGCAGUCAUUAGCAAUUUUUGUCGCCAAAACAGUCCUUUGAUCGUGUGUCGUUCCCGCUAAAAUUUUCCUUUCUUAUCAAAUUGUUCGGCCCAAUUGUAUUCAGUCCCCAGCAUCCGGAUAAACUGGGCCAAACAUCACAUAACAACUCUGGAUCAUUUACCAUGAAAUCGGGAAGAGUGGUGGUGUGUGCUAAAGAAGAGAGUUACUUGUGGAAGGGAAAAACUAUGUAAAAGCACCGACAUUUGUCCCCCUCCUGGAAGUUGUGCUAUUACGUGAAAUACCCACCAAACACUGCCCCGGGUGGGCUGCUUUAAAAAAGCUCACACCGCAUAUUUGAUUUAGCAAUUGAACGAUCAAGUCGCAAAACUUUCACAAUUCUCUUCCCGCGUAAAUCGACGCGAAGAGAUUUAAUUUUUUUUAAACUGGUGCGCACCCAUAGAACAAAUGUGAUCUUUUUGGCAGAAAGACCAACUCUGAGAGCUUUGUUCUAAUAAUAAAAUAAAAUAUUUUCUCUCUCUUCUACAUUUUCCUUUAAAAAAAAAUAAACGUUGUUUAUCUGCCGCAAAGUGUAUGUGCAAAACAACGCAAAAAAGUGAAAGAAAUUCUUAAGUAAAAAAAAAUAUCUUUGAGAUUCCUGAAAAGUUCUUUGUGAAAAAAAAAACAUUUUCUCUGCAUUCUUUUUGCAUUUUCUUUUGAGUGAACGUUUUGUUAAUAUUUAUGGAGAAGGAGAAGAAUUCUUGUUUUUAAAUAAACUAUUAAUUUAUUUGAAGUGACUGUUACACUAAAACAAACAAUAACAGUGCCAAAGGUCCCUGCGGAGAGAUAAUCCAGAGAAACAAAAAACAAAGAUCUUUCAAGUGCAUUUCCGUUGGGAAUUUCCUGGAGAAUUGCUGUGCAAUUGCUCUAAAUUGUUUCAUCAGAAAAAAUCAGAGGCAGGAUCAACAGAAUUAUGGAUAUAUCGGAAGAAAUCGCAAAAGUAUCAUCAGACGGUGAACCACACGAAGUCCUCACACUCAUUGCUGUAUCUGCGGGCUUUCUGGCUGCUAUUGCCAUCCUCAUUGUCCUCCGGAUCAACCUGAGUACCUCCCAUCAGCGUGAUACGCGAGAAAAGCGCCGCAUCAGCCUAUUUGGCGUCCGGAGAUCACUUGAGAUCACCCGAAAACCCGAAAUAUACACAAUUGAGCAACACAAUGGAUGCCUGGAGACGAAGAUUACAAUUGAUGAGAACGAGAAGUACCUGUACAUUCCGGGAAUCACCACGAUAGCAAUGUAGCCGUCAAUAGGGCGGUCAAGAACCCCCGCAGCGGAACCGGAAAGACUGAUUGAAUCAUCCAGAAUAUUUUUGUACAACUUUUUUUUCUUUGCAAAAUAAUUAGAAAACGUUUUGUUGACAAAAA